AUGGCAUCUGACAAGAAGAUCAGGAUCGGUAUCAACGGAUUUGGAAGAAUCGGUCGUUUGGUUGCAAGAGUUGCUCUUCAAAGAAACGAUGUUGAACUCGUUGCCAUCAACGAUCCUUUCAUCACUACUGAUUACAUGACAUAUAUGUUCAAGUAUGACUCUGUUCAUGGCCAAUGGAAGCAUUUUGAACUUAAGGUUAAAGACUCUAAAACCCUUCUUUUCGGUGAGAAAGAAGUUGCUGUUUUCGGAACUAGGAACCCUGAGGAGAUCCCAUGGGGUGAAGUUGGAGCUGACUUUGUUGUUGAGUCUACUGGUGUUUUCACUGACAAGGAUAAAGCUGCUGCUCAUUUGAAGGGGGGUGCCAAGAAAGUUGUCAUUUCUGCCCCAAGCAAAGAUGCACCAAUGUUUGUUGUUGGUGUUAACGAGAAGGAAUACAAAUCAGACCUUAACAUUGUUUCCAAUGCUAGCUGCACUACCAAUUGCCUUGCUCCCCUUGCCAAGGUUAUCAACGACCGAUUUGGAAUCGUUGAGGGUCUUAUGACCACUGUCCACUCCAUCACAGCUACUCAGAAGACUGUUGAUGGUCCAUCAAGCAAGGACUGGAGAGGUGGAAGAGCUGCUUCCUUCAACAUCAUUCCCAGCAGCACUGGAGCUGCCAAGGCUGUAGGAAAGGUUCUUCCAGAACUAAAUGGUAAAUUGACUGGAAUGUCAUUCCGUGUGCCUACCGUUGAUGUUUCGGUUGUUGACCUCACUGUAAGGCUUGCAAAGAACGCAACCUAUGAACAGAUCAAAGCUGCAAUCAAGGAGGAAUCAGAGGGCAAGCUCAAGGGUAUUUUGGGUUACACCGAAGAUGAUGUUGUAUCUACUGACUUUGUUGGUGAUAGCAGGUCUAGCAUAUUUGAUGCCAAGGCAGGAAUUGCUUUGAAUGAAAACUUUGUGAAACUUGUUUCUUGGUAUGACAACGAAUGGGGAUACAGUACCCGUGUUAUUGAUCUGAUUGUCCACAUUGCUUCUGUGGCUUGA